AAAGAAAGAAAGAAAGAAAGAAAGAAAGAAAGAAAGAAAGAAAGAAAGAAAGAAAGAAAAUCUGCCUCUGUUUCAAAGAUUUAUUAGCAUAACCUGACACCUAAUUGCGAAGUACGUGAAUCAAUACAGCUUUUGCUAUCCUGCUAGGCCUCUGUCCACCACCUCUCCAUUUGCAUAUUUCCUUUCCACUCCUGACGCCGUCAGGAAGCAACCUUGGCGUUUGCCCAAGCCCUCCCAAAGCAGGAGGGAGAAGAAGAAAAAAACCACCCCUCCGUUCCCCCCGCCCCCAGAAACGAAAUCUCUACAUCUCUCUCUCCUGAAUCCCCCCUUCAACCCCUCCCCCUCCCGCGCUUUCUUGUUUUAAAUUGCCCGGUUUAACAAAAAUAAUAACUGAAUGUUAUUAUUAUGUCAUUUAAAUCUCAGUCUAAGCAUUCCUUGUCGAGGAUUUCAUGUCAGCUAUUCUUUCUGUUUCCCCCUCCUCUGUACCCUGUCUCUCUCUCUCUCUCUCUCUCUCUCUUUCUCUCUCUCUCUCCCCCUCUCUCUCCCUCUCUCCCUCUCUCUUGCCUUCUGCUGUUAAGCCAGAGGCCAUUGUUAACCGUGAACAGGGCGUACCAAGACUAUAGGGCAGCCACAAUCAAAGGAUUCCCUAUACAUCUUUGGAAGGCUGUCUAGCAUCUUGUGGUUCCUACCUCUUCUCACCUUCCCCCCCCCCCGCACUCCUCCCCAAACGGAUUGAGAAAGAGAGAGAGAGAGAGAGAGAGAGGCGAGAGAGAGAGAGAGAGAGAGGACCCGAGCAUCCCUCACCGUAAGCUCCUAUAGAGAUGUCCCCCCUCCUUUUGGCGUUAUGACCGGAUUUCUCUCUCUAGAUAUUCCUUGAACAUUAAAAAAAAAAGCACGAGGAAUGGGGGGAGCUUUCCUCGCUUAUUGAUUGCGUUGCUUGCUGGCUGCGAAAAUAUAUUAUGUCUGCUCGCCGCGCUGCUCUCGUCAGAGGCUAAGGUCAGCUUGCAAAAGACACCGGGGAAGGCCUCCUCACCACGUGACCUUGGGGGUGCCAAUGUCCUUCCAUGAGGGGGUCAGCCAGAGCCUGGUAGCAGCGCGCGAGAACCUCGGGGAGCCCCAGCGAUGCAGAAAACAACCUACUAUGACACCUCCACGCUCUUCGGGGGCUACUCCUAUCAGGGAGCCAAUGGGUUCGGCUACGAGGGCCCUCCGCCGCAGCCUUUCCAGCCUGCAGCUCACGUGGAGAACCACGACUACCAGAGGCCGGCCUGCACCCUCCAGUCCCUCGGCAACGCCUCCCCUCUGGCCAAAACGAAAGACCUGAACGGGAGCUGCAUGCGCCCCAGCCUGCCUCAGGAGCACCAUCCGCCCCCGCCCGUCUCGCCACCCCCCAAUCCUAUCACCGCCACCAACAGCAACAGCAGCAGCAGCAGUAACGGGGGCGGCAGCAGCAAUAACCACAGCCAGCCUGGGGGGGUCAAAAGCGCCCCCAGCAAAUCCAGCCUGGGCUCUAGUAACGCCGCUCUCGCCAAACAGAUUUUCCCCUGGAUGAAAGAGUCGAGGCAAAACUCCAAACAGAAAAACAGCUCCCCCAGCGCAGAAAGCUGCAGCGGCGAGAAAAGCCCUCCGGGCAACUCGGCUUCCAAGAGAGCCCGCACGGCCUACACCAGCGCCCAGCUCGUCGAGCUGGAGAAGGAAUUCCAUUUCAACCGAUACCUGUGCCGGCCACGACGGGUGGAAAUGGCAAACCUGUUGAAUCUCAGCGAGAGGCAGAUCAAGAUCUGGUUCCAGAACCGGAGAAUGAAGUACAAGAAAGAUCAGAAGUCGAAAGGUUUGGGCUCUUCGUCCGGGGGCCCAUCCCCGACGGGGAGCCCCCCGCAAGCCAUGCAGUCCUCGGCGGGCUUCCUGGGCGCCCUCCACCCCAUGACCUCGAACUACGACGCCCCGUCUCCGCCCUCCUUCAGCAAACCCCACCAGAAUGCCUACGCCAUGCCCACUGCCUACCAAAACCCCAUCAAAAGCUGCCCCACCCAACAGAAGUACGCCAACACGGCGCCGCCGGAGUACGACCCGCACGUCUUACAGGGUAAUGGGGGAGGCGGAUAUGGGCCCCCCAAUAUGCAAGGCAGCCCCGUGUACGUGGGCGGGAACUACGUGGACUCCAUGCCCAACUCCGCCCCGUCGCUUUACGGGCUGAACCCCCUCCAGCAUCACCAGCCAGCCAGCAUGGAGUACAACGGGGGGCCCCCCCAAAUGGGCUCCAACCAGCACCAUGGACCUUGCGAGUCACACCCGACUUACACAGACCUUUCCACCCACCACGCUUCGACUCAGGGUAGAAUCCAAGAGGCGCCCAAACUGACCCAUCUGUGAUGAGGAGGGGCCAGAUCGGGUGGGGGGGGGGAGUUAACAGACAACUGGGACGUGGCGGGGGUGGCUGGGUGGGUUGCAUCGGUUUGUUGGUUGUGUUGGUGAGCGCUCUCUCUCUCUCUCUCUCUUAAAGGAACAAACAAAAAGCAUUUGUGUUGAAACCCUUUAGGAACCCGUCAGAUGUUAUGUGCCCUGCAAAUCGGAAGGGUUACCUCCUGCCUCUUCCUUCCUUCUGGCCCAGCCUACUAUUGUCCCCCACACCCUGCAAGAGGAGCAGGCGGGAAUCGAUGUUGAUGGGGGGGGGCGGGGUGUUGGCUUUCUAGGGGCAAGGAGCUAAGCAGCUCGCCUACCGGUUUGGGAACCUUUUGGCCAAUCCCAUCCUCAGAACUGGGGUGAGUGGGGGAGUAGCUUGUGUUUCCUGUGGGUGGGACAAAAUGCACUCUGCACAUACAGCACAAAGUCCUUGGCAACUUUCGAAUCUGAGCCCUCCUGUUAAAAAGGGGGGAAAGGAGGGGAGCAGAUCCCUUGACUGGGCCUUAAAGGACCCAGUUUCAAUUAAGUCCAGCUGAUGGCCAUCACUUAAAUGGAAUGUUGUGAACUCAGUGAGGUUUCUCAGUGAGGAAUCUUCUUUCUUCAGUGGGCAGACUGAGGUGGCAGGGUUCUGGACAGUAGCUUUUCAAACUGCAGGGAUGUGUGUGUGUGGAUCAUUUUUAUUAAAUGCUCCUGCCCCCCCCAAAAAAGUUUUAAAACAAAACCCUGCCUGUAGUGAACUAACACAUAUUCCUGAUGUACUAGGUUUCUACAUGCAGGGAGUGUAUUUAUCUUAAAUGAGGGAGCAUUUUAAAAUGCAGUUCCCCAUAUGCAGUUUGAAGUGGUGUAGCUGAAGAACUUUGCUAACCCACCUAGUUCUUUUACUGUAGAAUUACUCUUACUGCCCCCAAGUAAAUCUACAUUUUAAGCAUCCUCAGUUGGAAAGACGUUCCACUGAGACCAGCGAGACUUCCAAGCUAGAGCAUUUAUGGUUGUGUGUGUGUUUAUAAGGCUUGUAGCCAAGCAACAGUAGCAAACUUUCACACCACACCAUACCAUACCACACCCCACAGAGCAACCCCAAGACUGAGUCCUGCAUGCCACAAAAUCAGGGCUCCAAGCCCACCUCUUGAAACCACCCUUUGGUGUGUAACUACCCGGGUGGCAAAGAACUCGCCUCCUCCUUCCUCUUUCAGGAUCAUGGGUGGGUGGAGUGACGAUACCAAAUGUUGUCACUGCCAGUUACUCCCAAUGAAAAAUGUGUGGCCUUGUGUAUAUGCCCUAGGCAGACCAUAAAAAAGCUGGCAGAAUAAUUUAUUGGUAUAAAUUGAUGUAGCUCCUUUCCUUUAAUACAGAUGAAACUGAUUAAAAUAGGUUGCUCAAGAUUAUCCUACAGCUGUCAGUCCUCAAAGUGCUUGCUUUGGCAAUAACACUUAUUGAAAGUGUUGGAGUUGAUGGACACAAUCGGGGGCGGAAUGCUGCUGCAGAUCAUGGAAAUGGAACUGGCAGACUUUCUGCUCCUUUUUGGCAUUGUGUCCAUAAGAAUACUCUUCCCAGACCUAAACACCAUUUAGGCUGCUCUCUUAUACAGGAUAUGCUUACCUGGAAGUAAAUCUCAUUGAAUUCACUGGGAGUUCUGAGUAGGCGUAUGUAGGAUUGCACCACAAAUUGUAAUAAAAACCCAUGGGGAGGGGGGAGAAAUGCAUUUAUCUACAAUCUUAGACUACUAAGUAGGUGUUGUAGAGACAAUCAGGUACACAUUUAGAUACAUAGAUAUCAGACAGCCAGGCCAGUUAAUACUGAGCAAUGAACUUGCGGGGGGGGGGGGGGCUCACCAGUGAAUUUAACCCCCACUUACAAUACACUUUUCAAAACCCGACAAAUAUAUGGACAAUUCCUGAAGUCAA